AUGCUGAUACAGAUGCAUACACAGGUGCCUCCACUUUCCGUCUGUGCCAAAUCCUGCCACCCUGGUUAUCAGAAGAGAAAGAGAGAAGGGAAGAAAUUUUGUUGUUAUGAUUGUGUCCCAUGUCCAGAAGGGAAGAUUUCCAAUGUCACAGACUCUGUUAACUGUUCCCCAUGCCCAGAAGAUCAGUAUCCAAGCAAAGGUCAAAGUCACUGCCAACCCAAACGUGUAUCUUUCCUAUCCUAUGAGGAGCCCUUAGGAAAAGGUUUGGCUUUACUUACUCUUUCUUUCUCCCUGAUGACCAUCUGGGUAUUAGGCAUUUUCAUCAAGCACAAAGAGACACCCAUUGUCAAAGCCAACAACCGGGAACUCACCUACAUGCUCCUCAUUUCUCUGUUGCUCUGCUUCCUCUCUUCUUUACUGUUCCUUGAGAAGCCUGGGAAACUCUCCUGCCUCCUUCGACAGCCUCUUUUUGGCAUCAUCUUCUCCGCCGCUGUGUCUUCCAUAUUGGCGAAAACCAUCAUUGUUGUCCUUGCUUUCAUGGCCACCAAGCCAGGGUCCAGCCUGAGGAAAUGGGUGGGGAAAAGAGUGGCCCCCUCCAUUGUCAUUUCUUCCUCCCUCAUUCAAGCAAGCAUGUGUGUUCUCUGGCUGGGUACCUCUCCCCCAUUUCCAGAUGUUGACUUGCAUUCCGUUGCUGAAGAAAUCAUUUUACAAUGCAAUGAAGGCUCUGCUGUCAUGUUUUAUCUUGUCCUGGGCUAUAUGGGACUUCUCGCCACCAUCACCUUAAGUGUGGCUUUUAUAGCCAGGAAGUUGCCAGACAGUUUCAACGAAACCAAGUUCAUCUCCUUCAGCAUGUUGAUUUUCUGUAGCGUUUGGUUGUUGUUUGUUCCCACCUAUUUGAUCACCAAGGGGAAAUACAUGGUGGCUGUGGAGAUCUUCUCCAUCUUAGCCUCCAGUGCUGGGUUGCUGGGUUGUAUGUUUCCCCUCAAAUGUUACAUUAUUAUAGUCAAGCCUGAGUUGAACAGUAGGGAGCAGCUAACUAGGAGGAAGAAUUAAUGCAUUACUCUAGUCCAAUUAAUUCUCUUACAUCAAUUUGAGGAGAUGUCCUCAUUGUAACUUUGCGAUAUAACCAUA